AUGUUCCUCUUUGCCCAAAAACACAAGACCCCCGUCAGCACUUGCACUGACUCCUACUGCCUGCCAUGCUCUGUCAAAAAGACCAUCCAAGAGCAGGCUCCACUGCAGCUCUGGAAAGAAAACAAGUUUGUGAUGCAGGGAUUAACAAUGCCCCUGCAAAAUCUGGUGAGCCAAGGUCAGCCUGAGCAACUGAUUAAGGCAUCGAUGCAGGAGUACUACAGGAAUGCCAUUGACCCUGCUGGCUGGCCAGAGAAGUACAACACAGUUUUUUUCAACGAGGACAAAUACAUCACCUGGAGAAUGGGUCCCUACAACAGCACAGCCUGGAAUAAGCACUCCUUCUACCUCUCCCUCCUGCCCAAGGAGACAAGGAUGGAGACCUUCCUGCACAGCACACCUGUGCCAUGCCACCCAAAACCCACCUGCCUCAAUCAGUCCGAGAUGGAGGUGGCUGCCGUCAUGCUGCACAGGCUGUCACAGCUCUCACUGCUGUCCCUGCAGCCUGUGUACACCGUGAUGGGGAAGGGACCCUUCCAGGGCUACUACAGCCCCUGCUCUGGGCGCCACUACUGCCUGUGAGGGAUGGACUACUACAUCGAUGGGGCCCCUGCCGUCAGAAGGCAUCUCCGCAUGCUAGCAGAGAGGGCUGUAAGGAGUAUCCUGUGCUGCAGUUACAGCCCCAGAGCAAUGGUCUGUGCAUCUACACAUCACCCCAAGCCAUCCUCCCUGUACACAAGCCCUAGAUUCCGAGUGAUCGGAGAGAUUCAUACAACACAUACCUUCAAGCUCUUCACACCCGUCCCCCUGUGCUAA